AGCCCCGCCACAACUGUGAAUAUAUCUCACAACUAUGGCUCCAUAUACUCCAUCACAAGAGGAACUCCAGCGCCGAAAGGUUGUGGGCAUCAACUUAGAGACCGUCGACGAUGUCACAUCCACCGACUUUCCAGGCCAUUACGCUGGGGAAGAUCAUUCUUGGGACCUAGAUCUUUUCAGGAAGAAUCUGAAGAUACAAUUCCACCACAAUACCCAAUUCAAUGCCUCAUUUUCUAUUUCUGGCAUUGAUGCGUCAGUUGCAAAUGCCUUCCGUCGCAUUCUCCUUGCCGAAAUACCCACCCUCGCCAUUGAAUACGUUUUCAUGAACAACAAUACAUCGGUCAUUCAGGAUGAAGUUCUUGCGCACAGGUUAGGACUAGUACCUCUCAAAGGAGGCAGAAAGGGGCUACUGGAGUUUAUGAGGUGGUUCGGCAAGGCGAACGAGGAAGAAGGCACUGAGGCCGGGGAGGCAUUCGAUUACAACACGAUAACACUGAAACUGCAAAUCGCAUGCACACGGAAUCCUGACGCGGCUCCGGGAGAAACGGAUUCGAAUAAGUUAUACAUAAACUCUGCGGUUCAUGCCAGCGAUAUCGUCUUCGAGCCUGUCGGGAGACAACCGGAGUUCUUUUCCGGUGACGACACCAUCACAGUUACGAAUCCAGAUAUACUUAUUGCGAAACUACGUCCGGGCCAAUGCAUAGACCUUGACAUGCACGCGAUUAAGGGAAUCGGAGCCGAUCAUGCCAAAUUCAGUCCUGUUGCGACAGCCUCGUACCGAUUAUUGCCAACCAUAACUAUUUUGAAGCCAAUACUUGGAAAUGACGCCGAGAAGUUCGCAAAGUGCUUCCCCAAAGGUGUCAUUGGGUUUGAGAAGGUCACAAAAGAGGAGGCAAGCACUCCGGGCAGCGGGUAUGAAGGCCAUGCAGGCGAGAAGAAAGCAGUUGUGAAGGAUACGAUGAAAGACACGGUCAGCAGAGAGUGCUUGCGACAUGAAGAAUUCCAAGGCAAAGUCAAGCUUGGCCGCAUCAGGGAUCACUUUAUAUUUUCGAUCGAAAGCACUGGACAGUGGGACAGCGAUGAGCUCUUUCUGGAGUCGAUCAAGGCUCUGAAGCAAAAAUGUGUAAGGUUUAAGCGGAACCUUUCAUUAAUGACCAAAUAAUACUCUCGGAUGAGUUGGAAAGGCUGCUUUUACCCCAGGAGCAUUUAUCGGAGUUACGGGAGCUGGCGUUGGGCAGGUAGAUUUUGUAAAACAUGCAAUCAUUAGAUUCACCGGAG